CAGCAACAGUAGGAGGAGGAUGAGCCGUGGGCCCGCCCCCCACUCUCCCACAGAUAUAAAUAGGAGGUGGAUUUUUUUACUCCACUCAUUUCUCCUGAAGGAUGAGAUCCCUGAAACACCUCAAACAUCACUCCAGGAACAAUGUGGAGGAAGAGAGUGGCUGCUUGGAGCGAACCUUCCCAAAGAUGACUGAGGGCCACAUGGAUGUGGGCACACAGACUGAGCCUGUGGUGGUGCUAUCUCUGGCUCAGGCUGCCGUUCUUGGCCUUAUCUCUCAGAAUGAAAUUUUUGGAGCCACCAUUGCCCCAAACGGCUUUUACACAGGAGAGACCAGAGAGUGUCCCCCUCCUCCUCCUCCUGAAUCAGUGGAGUAUGAGUAUGCCGACCAGCUGAUAGGAGCCAAUGGGGACUACCUUGCUGAGCCUACUGGGGAGCUCGAACCCCACUGCAGUGAGAGGAGACGGCCUGGACCCCGAGGGAGAACCAAGAGACCCAGGAGUGGUGGAGACUCUGACUCUCACCCACUUAAAGAGCCUGCUCCUGAGGCUCAGGUUAAAGGUGAAAGACUUGAGUCUGACACCCCUCCGUCCUGCGUUCACAUGAACAGCAGCCACAGUCCUAGCAAACCAGAGGAGCUAGUGACCCAAGGUUCGCUGAAAGAGGAGCAGGCCUGUGGAAACUGUAACUCCUGUGUGAGAGGUACAGCUGGGCCACAAACGGAUGGACAUACGGAAAAGGAGCAAGAUGACACUUCUGUUAAGGAGAAAGAGAGGAAGGAAGAUGAGUUAGUGGUAGAGGAACAAGAGGAAGAGGCCCUAAACCUCAAGACAAGUGGAGGAACGAGCAGUCCCCCGGAGAACCGGUUUUAUGAUUCCAACGAGACGGCCUACGAGUCAGCCGAUAUGUCAGUGCCAGGAGAAUAUGAGGAGAAUGGCCAGGCCAUGCUGUGGUCUGACCCAGAGGGGCUUGCUAGACGAAUGCAGAUUGACCGACUAGACAUAAACGUGCAGAUAGAUGAGUCUUACUGCGUGGAUGUUGGAGAGGGUCUGAAACGGUGGAAGUGCCGCAUGUGUGAGAAGUCAUACACAUCUAAAUACAAUCUUGUCACGCAUAUCCUGGGCCAUAAUGGGAUUAAACCCCAUGAAUGUAUACACUGUGGGAAGCUCUUCAAACAGCCGAGCCACCUCCAGACUCAUCUGCUCACGCAUCAGGGAACGCGCCCUCACAAGUGCACCGUUUGUGAGAAGGCCUUUACGCAGACCAGCCACCUGAAGAGGCAUAUGUUGCAGCACACCGAUGUGAAACCUUACAGCUGUCGCUUCUGUGGCCGUGGCUUCGCCUACCCCAGUGAACUGAGGACCCAUGAGAACAAACACGAGAACGGUCAGUGCCACGUAUGCACCCAAUGUGGCCUUGAGUUUCCAACCUACGCCCACCUGAAGCGUCACCUAAGCAGCCACCAGGACCCCACAACGUACCAGUGCACAGAGUGCAACAAGUCCUUCGCCUAUCGGAGCCAGCUGCAGAACCACUUGAUGAAGCACCAGAACGUGCGGCCAUACGUUUGUCCUGAAUGUGGUAUGGAGUUUGUGCAGAUCCACCACCUUCGACAGCACGCCCUUACUCAUAAGGGAAUGAAAGAAUUCAAAUGUGACGUCUGUGCCCGAGAGUUCACCCUGUCUGCCAACCUUAAGAGACACAUGUUGAUCCACGCCAGCGUGAGACCCUUCCAGUGCCACAUCUGCUUCAAGACCUUUGUCCAGAAGCAGACUCUAAAAACUCACAUGAUCGUCCACCUCCCUGUCAAGCCUUUCAAAUGCAAGGUGUGUGGGAAGUCGUUCAACAGAAUGUACAACCUGCUUGGCCACAUGCAUCUCCACGCUGGCAGCAAGCCCUUCAAGUGCCCUUAUUGCACCAGCAAGUUCAACCUGAAGGGCAACCUCAGCCGACACAUGAAGGUUAAACACGGCAUCAUGGACACCACGAUAGAUGGACAUGAACCCCCCCAAGAGACAGAAGGUCAGGAGGACUACGAAGAGGAGAGCUUUGAAUUCAGUGAGCGAGAAAACCGUGCUAACAACAACACACCAGACGUCGCCAAACUAUCUCAAAUGGAGUAUUACAACACUUACGGGAAAAGCGCGGGGCGCUUUAACACGGCAUAAAGGGUUAAAGAGAAUGAUUGUAAAAAUGUUUUUUUUUUGUUUGUUUGGUUGCUGUUAAACACAAAGCUUGCAUCUCUCUUAAAAGGACAUGAGGAAAACAAGCUAACUGCACAUUGAUAUGCACUGGAAUCACUCCAAAAUGUGAAAAAUGUACUUUUAAAAAAAAAUAUUCAUGCUUUCAUUUAUAAUGCAAUUUUUAUUUUUCAUUUUUCAAAAAAAAAGAAAAAAGAAAAAAAGGGGGGGGGGGGGCAGUCUAGAUUUCAAGUUUAUAGAAAAUACACCAGUUGCAACCAGAUCAUCUGAGGCCUAGAAUAAAGGCACAUUGUAAUCAGAAGUUACACUGGACUUUCAGACAAUCCCAGUUUCUCCUGCCUGCUGGAGUUCAUAGUAUGACAGGUGAAAUGAAGGGAAUUUGUGUUUUCACCGACCAAAGCAAAUAUUCUCUUUUGAGUUAUACUGUGAUAAAUUUAAGUUCUGUGAAAAUGACUUAAAUUCAGUUUUAGCUUACAACUUAGGCUUUAUUGUAUAUUAUUGUACAGCGUGCAUCAGUCCACCUGUAUUUGACUGGUAAUAUAAUCAGUGCAUUGCACUAAAAGGACCACUGUUUACUUCUAUCUGUUCUGCAUUAACAAGCCUCUCCCUGUAUUGAUCUCUAGUCUAUGAAUGUGACAGUCAGGGGCGUGUCCAGGGAGUGGCCUGGGGUAGCACAUGCCACCCUUGGAAUCUGACUGGCCACCCCAGGUGCCACCACACUAAUUUACCUUUAAAUAGGCUUUUCAUUGUCUACAAAAGGCUUGGGGGUAAAACAAAAAAAGUAUAACCAUUGGUGCCACCCAUGCACAAAGUUGUGCCACGCCUGGGCCACCCCAUUUUAAAAGAUCUGGACACGCCUCUGGUGACAGUUUCUGCUGAAUGUUUUCACACACCUACAAGAACAUUUAAAUGCCCCCUUUUGAAUGGUUUACCAAAGAAUUUGACCGAACCUGCAGUUCUACAUGUGCCGUUUCUCUUUUUCUUGCCGUUUUGUGGAGCUGGGACAUUGAGUAUCUCAGGAUCUCAAUCGCAGACCUCAUGAAAUUACAUUCAGGUCUACUACACACCCCACCCACCACAAACCCUUCUGCAGAUCUCAGAUUACUACAGGGGUGCAGCAUCUUCUCCAGCAAACCUGAUUCCAAACAAGUCGACACUGCAGCAUUUUUUUGAAAACGAUACCAACGCCAUUUUCAUAUUGCAUCUUUUUUUUAUGCGUGGAUGAAAUCUUACCAAGAAUUGUCCCAAAAUGCUCGAACAGAAAUAUUAAGCGCCCCAGUGUGUUUGCGAGAGGGUGCCAUCCAUCACACUGUUCUCUGGUCUCAAGUGAUGAACGACAACCUCCAAACAUGUGACAGGGCCGUGCACCUUGUGGAAAAUGAUUUGGAAAUGCGCAAUAUAUUCAGUUUUCCACUGCUUAGCUUUGUCUCCUCCCAAACUUGUUACUUGAAGAACAAGACAUCCAUCUGCAAUGUUAUUAUAGUGGAUUUCAAAUUAAAACAAAUGGUCAUUUUUGUGAGUUUUUUCAGCUUGUGUUCACACUGUCACUACUUUAGUGAUGAUUCAAAAUACUUUCUGUAUUAAACUUUAGUGACAAGAUAUUAUGAAUAGAAUUGUAUGUACAAUGUUGUGUACCAGACCAAUAAUGUCAAAUAAAUUUAUUUAGCUUUAAUUCUGA